AUGGAGAAGGAGCACAAAGGAAAACAUCAUCCAAAGAAAAAUAGAGAAUGCUCAAGAUCAACCAGCGAUGAGUACAAGCAAAAAGAGUUUGAUCAGUUUGACAGGAACCGGAAGCAUGCUGUAUAUGAAUUUCAAAUCCCUCCAUUCCAUGGCAAGGCGGCUCCUGAAGCUUAUGUGAAGUGGGAAAAGAAGAUUGAGUUGAUUUUCAGUAGUCAACACUAUGCUGAAAGAAAGAAGAUUCAAAUGGCUACUGCUGAGUUUUGUGGUCAUGCUUUAAGAUGGUGGAAUCAGUUGAUAAAGUGCAGAAGACUUGAUGGAAAAGAACCAGUGGAAACAUGGCUUAAGCUGAGGGCUUUGAUGCGUAGAGAGUACGUUCCAAGACAGUACCACAAGGAAGUUAUUCAAAAGCAGCCUGAGACAUAUCUAUGUUCUUCAUUAUCAGUUCAGAAACAACCAGACAGUAAGAGAUCAAGUCCAUCUAGUAACCUGGUUUCAUCAAGCAAAACAUCAACCCAUUCCUUUGAAGAUAGCAUAAGGAAGGCAAUUUCACAAGCGUUUAGGGAUGUGGAGAAACAACUUAAACAGUCCAAGACUAUAUCUCCAUCCUUAGAAGUACAGAACCAAGCGCUUCCUCAACUGUCUCAGAACUCAAAGAUGCAGAACCAGACUCAGUUGCACAAUCAGACUUGGCUGCACUAG